AACCAAAACCAACCUCUUCCUUCCAUAUGCAUCCUCUUACCUGCCUUGCAGUGCAUUAUACUAGCUAGACAAAAGUAGUUUCAAAUUCUUGACCUACCAAUACCAUAAUAUACCAAUCAAUAAUGGCAUGUAGUAGUAAUAGUAGUAAUGGGAUGAGGACAUGUUGGGUUAAUAAUCAGGUUCUAAUUAUUCUAUUUAUGUUGUUAAGUUGUGCUGUGGUAACUCUAGCAGCACCACCUGAUGAUACUGAAGCCAGAAAGAGCCUUAUCAAGUUCAAAGAGUCAUUGACCAAUGACAGUGCAUUAAAUGAUUGGAAUGUGUCCAUCAGUCUGUGCUCGGGCAAUGAUUCAAAUUGGAAUGGUUUGCUUUGCUUGAAUGACGUGUUUUAUGGGCUGAGACUUGAAAGCAUGGGAUUGAAAGGUAUGAUUAAUAUGGAAGUACUUGCAGAGUUGCCGACUUUACGGAGCAUAAGCGUGAUGAACAAUGACUUUGAAGGUCCAAUGCCAGACAUAAAGAAACUUGGUGGAAUAGUUGGUGGUUCAUUGCGAGGAUUGUUUCUGUCCAACAACCGCUUCUCCGGUGAGAUAUCAGAUGAUGCUUUUGUUGGGAUGCUGUCUUUGAGGAGACUCUUAUUAUCUCACAAUGAGUUUAUUGGCAAAAUUCCAAACUCACUUGCAAAAUUGCCUAAGCUUGCUGACCUUCUUCUUGAUGAUAACCAGUUUGAUGGUCAAUUACCUGAUUUUGCUUCCAAGGAUCUAAGAACUGUUAAUCUUGCAAAUAACAGAUUUCAGGGUCCCAUACCACCUAGUCUACAGGACAUCUUUGCUGGCUCCUUUUCUGGGAACGUUGGCCUUUGUGGUAAGCCUCUGAAAAACAAGUGUAAGUCAUCGAAGAAGUGGUCAGUCCUAAAAAUGGUAAUCAUAAUAGUGGUUGUGGGGGUUGUUGUACUAGCAGCCAUCACUGUAGCUUUCUUCAUAUGUUGUGGCUGCCGGAGACGGAGACGGAGACAGAGCCAUAACAAAACAACAACCCUGCAAUUUGGGAAGUCAGCAGCAAAACUCAAUACAAAGAAAGGGUUUGCUGAUAAUAAUUACAAGCAGAAGCAAGAACAGCAGCAGGAAGAGGAGGAGGAGGAAGAAGAAGAAAACACAGAUAAGAAGAAGAAGAAGAAGAAGAAGAAGGGGGGUGAACAAGGCCAGUUGCACUUUGUAAGGAAUGGGAGGGAGAGGUUUAAGGUACAGGAUUUACUUAGAGCCUCUGCACAAGUUCUGGGAAGUGGGAAUUUAGGGUCUUCUUACAAGGCUAUACUUCUUUCUGGGCCAACUGUGGUUGUCAAGAAGUUUAGGCAUAUGAGCAGUGUGGGAAAAGAUGAAUUCCAUCGCCACAUGACAAGGCUAGGAAGGUUGUCUCACCCUAAUUUGCUCCCUCUUGCCGCCUUCUACUUCAAGAAAGAAGAAAAGCUUUUGAUUACUGACUUUGUUGAAAAUGGUAGCUUAGCAUAUCAUCUCCAUGGUAAAUGUAGUCCCAUCCAGCCGGGGCUUGACUGGCCAACCCGUUUAAAAAUCAUCAAAGGAGUAGCCAAGGGAUUGGCUUACCUGUACAAAGAGAUACCUAGCCUGACAUUGCCCCAUGGUAACCUAAAAUCAUCAAAUGUGCUUCUAGAUGACACAUUCGAACCCCUCUUGGGAGAUUAUGCGCUUGUGCCUGUGAUUAACAAAGAACAUGCUCAAAAAUUCAUGGUAGCCUAUAAGUCACCUGAGUUUAGCCAACAUGACCGCACCACCAAGAAGACAGAUGUGUGGAGCCUUGGCAUUCUCAUACUCGAGAUGUUGACCGGUAAGUUCCCAGCAAAUUAUUUAAAACAAGGUAAAACUGGUAAUGCGGAUUUGGCAGUUUGGGUCAACUCUGUUGUGAGAGAGGAGUGGACAGGUGAGGUGUUUGAUAAAGACAUGAAAGGAACCAAGAAUGGCGAAGGAGAGAUGCUUAAGCUUUUGAAGAUUGGAAUGUGUUGUUGUGAGUGGAAUGUGGAGAGGAGGUGGGAUUUGAGGGAGGCAAUUGACAAGAUUGAAGAGUUAAAAGAACGAGAUAGUGAUGAAGACAACUCUUCUUAUGCUAGUGAAGGUAACAUGUACUCUUCUAGAGCCAUGACUGAUGAGGACUUCUCUUUCUCAGUCACGGGUUGAAUUGCCAUACAAUAAGUCUAGGAAUAUAGAAACUGGUCAGACAAUAUUGGACACGAAAUAUGUAUGGCUAGACAAGAUUUUUAAAGUUUUCCAGUUCAACCAACAAAUCUAAUAAAAUCUUAUCAAUUCUUCUGUACUUCAUGUUUAUUUCUAUAUUAGUUUCUUUGUUUGUAGCAGGACUGGUUAGGGAUAUAAUGUUUAUG